ACGUCAGUCAGAUGCCGCUACCAUGACAACGUGUAUACACAAACACACUAGCACUACUGUGAGUGAAGAGAGCAGUUGUUUUAUCCUUUUGAAUACGUUUUACGUUUUAAAAAGCGUCUCCAGAAUCAACAUUAACAGAUCAACAUACUGAUGAAUUGAAAUUAUUUACCACCUAUUUGAAAGCAAAAAAUGUCCGUUGCUCACAAAGUUGGGACUGUGAAAUCUAAACAGGCACCUAAUGUUAACACCCAGCAAAAGGCAGCUAUGGCAAAGGGUGUCAAAGCCAUUGGAAAGAAGAAGGAUGAAGAGGAAGGGCUAGACACAGCUGAAGGAGAGGAAUGGAUGCAGGGGAAGACUCUCGUGAAGCCUCCAGACCAGCUGGAGUUAACUGAGGCAGAGCUGAAUGAAGAGAUUACCAGAGUACUGACAGCAAACAAUCCAAAUGCUCCACAGAACGUUGUCAGAUACAGUUUCAAAGAGGGCUGCUAUAAACCAAUUGUCUUUGUGGAUCAAAUGGCUAUUCACUUUGAACUAGAAGGAAAUCUUGUGCACAAGGAAUCUGACGAAGGUCGGAGAUUGACGGCUAAACAGGCUGAAGUUGAUGAUGGUGGAGGAGAUGAGAGACCAGAUAAUGUGGUCAUCAAAGCUAGCAAGAGAGAGCAGAAACUCACCAACCAGUUCAACUUCAACGAGAGAGCCUCUCAGACACUAAACAACCCUCCAAGAGACAUAAGUUGUCAAACUGAGCCUCCUCCUCGUGCAAACUUCUCAGCUACAGCCAAUCAGUGGGAAAUCUAUGACUUUUACACAGAGGAACUUCAAAGGCGUGAGAAAAGUAAAGAGAAGCAUGAAGGCCAGUUUGUAAAUAAGGAGGAGGACAAGAACAAGAAGAAGAUGAUUCAAGCUGAAAUUCAGAAUGAUGACAUAUCUCAGCUAACUAAGGCGGUCAAGAUCAUUGAGCGUAUGGUGAAUCAAAAUAUAUUUGAUGACGUUGCACAAGAUUUCAUGUAUUUUGAUGAUGCAUCUGAUGAAUUUAGAGGAGAGAAGGGCACUCUUCUCCCACUGUGGACGUUUCAGUAUGAUAAAGCCAAAAGUCUGUCUGUGACUGCCCUCUGCUGGAAUCACAAAUACAAUGAUUUGUUCGCUGUUGGUCUCGGUUCACAUGAAUUUACUCAACAGGGGGGUGGCAUGGUUCUCUUUUACACCCUGAAGAACCCCAAUUACCCAGAAUUCAUCUUUAACACGGCCUCAGGCGUAAUGUGUGUAGACAUUCAUGAACAUCUGUCCUACCUGGUGGCUGUGGGAUUGUAUGACGGCUGUGUUGCAGUGUACAACCUGAAGAAAAAGACCGAUCAGCCCAUUUAUAACAGCAGAGCCAGCUCCGGCAAACACACAAGUGCUGUGAUGCAGGUGAAGUGGCAGAAAGAUGAUUUGGACAGUAACCACAACUUCAUCUCUGUGUCUGCUGGUGGACGAGUGGUGUCUUGGACUCUGGUAAAGCAUGAACUAGUCUUCACAGACAUUAUCAAGCUCCCAGUCAUUGACACAAUUCCGGAUGACCUUAAGGAUGUUGUUCCUACAGUUGGAACAUCUUUGGACUUUCACAAACAAAAGGACUACAGUUUUCUUGUUGGCACGGAGCAUGGAAAGAUUCACAAGGGCUCCAAAUACUAUUCUAGCAAGUUCCUGGAAACAUAUGAUGCCCACUUCAUGACCGUCACUCGUGUGAGGUGGAAUCCUUUCCAUCCCGACGUUUUUAUAUCCUGCGGCUGGGACUGGAUGGUUAAAAUUUGGGAUCAAACUAUGAAGUCUCCUGUGUUCACCUUUGAACUGAAAACUUCAGUGACAGAUGUGGCCUGGGCUCCAUAUUCCUCCACUGUCUUUGCUGCUGUCACCACUGAUGGAAAGGUUCAUGUGUUCGACCUCAACAUCAACAAAUAUGAGGCUCUUUGCCAGCAAAAAGUGGUGUCCAAAAAGACCAGGCUCUUGCACAUCGAAUUCAACCCUGUCCAUCCUAUCAUCAUCGUGGGCGAUGACCGCGGCCAUGUCACCAGCCUCAAGCUCUCUCCCAACCUCCGCAAGAAACCUAAGGAGAAGAAGGGUCAGGAAAUGCCGAAGGGGCCGGAGGUGGAAAUAGCAAAGAUGGAGCAACUGUUGAGCUCGCUGAGAUAGCCUGGGAACAACCCGCAGAACUGAGGCACAGUGCCCUAUUCUUUGCAGUGUCAUUGUGGCGCCCCAUUGUCUCCACUUGCUGAUGAUUGCCUUCACGGUAUUCCAUGGCACAUCUAAUUCUUGGAAUUACUUUUGUACUGUUUGGUAUCUCAUUACCCCGCACAUUUUUUGUAAGCAGGCUGCGGCUUCAGCAAUAAGAUGCAACCAAGAGGAUGCAAUGAAAAUCCAACAGAAACAGCUGUUUUUUUAUUAUUAUUCAGGGUUAAUCAGAUCCCUUAAAGAGAUAGUUCACCAAAAAAUAAAUUCUGUCAUUAAUUGCUCACCCUCAUGUCGUUCCAAACCCAUAAGACCUUUGUUCAUCUUCGGAAAACAAAUUAAGAUAUUUUUGAUGAAAUCUUAUUGCUUUCUGACCCUGCAUAUACAGUAAUGCAACUAUCCUGUUCAAGACCUAAAAAGGUAGUAAGGACAUCAUUAAAACAGUCUUGUAGCUUCAUAAAAUUAAGGUUGAACCACUAAUGUCACAUGCACUAUUUUAUCAAUGUCCUUACUACCUUUCUGAGCCUUGAACUGGUUAGAUGUAUUGCUGUAUAUGCAAGGUUAGAAA